AUGACAUUAAUCAAAUCAAUUGUAUGGAAGGUCAUUAAUGCAAUAAAGUCCAAUUUUUAUAGACUAUGCAUCACAGGAUUAUUAUUUAACUUUAGUGCAUAUUUUUUGUGGACUGUCAUCCCAUUAAAAGCAAAUGAUUUAGGUGCAUCUUCAUUGGAACUUGCACUUAUUCAAGCAGUAUCUUAUGGCCUUGGAGCAUUAUUCUCACCUGUAGCAGGAAAAUUGACUGAUCUAAUAAAUCCAUAUUUGUUAUUUAGAAUAGCAGAUUUAUUCUUUAUUGGAUGUGUUGUAUUAACAAUGGUUCUAAACACAAAAGUUUGGCACCUUUAUAUUGAUGUCUGUUUUUAUGCAGUUGGUUCAGGACUAUUUUGGCCAGUAGUAGGAUCAACUGUUGGCAAAGAGGCUUCAAUUGGAAAAGAAAAUAGAAACAGUUCAAUAUAUUCUGUUUGUUGGUCAUUUGGUAAAUCAUUAGGAUAUUUGUUUGGUGGGUUAUUGAAAAAAGCACUUGGAGACAAUGCUCUUUGGGUGGCAAUUGGUUGUAGUGGAAUUUUAUUAAUUAUUUAUCCAUAUUGCCUUCCUCCAGAAGUACGUGAAAGAGAAAAAAGAAAGAAAGAAGCUGCUCAACAUCAGAAAGAACCAGAAGAUAUGCACGUUAAAGUAGGAACUGUCAGUAAAGAGAAUAACGAUAAGAAUAAACCUAAUGCUGAUGAGGAUAUUGAAAUUCCAUUGGAUAUGGUUAAUGAUUUAGAGAACCAAACUGGAGUACAAAUAGAUUCAGUUAAAUCUAAUAAUGUCCAAGGGCAUGAUUUAGAAGAAGUUGUUGUUGCAGAUUCUAAAAGAAUUAAAUACAAAUGGAAUCAAUUUCAAUUAAAGAAUAAAACAUACAUUUAUCUUGGUUAUAUUCUUAAUUUCUCUGUUGUUGGAAGUGCGUCUGUGUUAUCUAAUCAAUACAUUAAAUUAAUUAAGAAGAAAGAUAUAAGAGUUAACCUUCCAUUAGCAGCUCCAAACGAUAUGUACCUUGGACUCUUCUUCUUUAUCUUUUAUUUUGCACAAACCAUUGCGAUGGUGUUAAUGUCUCUUACAACUAUAUGGACAUAUAAACGUUCAUUAUUCCUUAUUGGACAAAUAAUUAUUAUGCUUUUGUUUAUUGUUGUAGCUGCUUCAUCAACUGUAUGGCUUCUUUUAGUAUUAAGUUUCUUAGGAGGACUAGUUGCUGGUUUUGCUUACCAAACAUCAACCUAUUAUUCUCUUCGUGCAAGUGAACAAAAGAAAGGUUUCUUUGUUGGAGUUUCUGAAGGAACAGCUAAAUUAGGAAUGGCAUUCCUUCCAUUAAUUGCUGGUGUUAUGGCAACUUCAUUAGAUAAUCUUUAUUUACCUGUUUACAUUGGUAUUGUUAUUGUAUUAUUCUGUACUAUUCUUUGUGAAAUAGUAUAUCAUGUAGGAUAUACAAUUAAUAAUAGAAGACAAAAAAAAAGAAUUACUCCUGAUCAACAUUACUUUGAAAUGGAAGACUCACAUACUGAUGCUCAAAAAAGUCAAAGGGACGAUACUAAUAAAGAAGACAGUCUUUCCACUACUCAAAAAAUUGAAAUUCCUAACACAACUCAAUCAAUCAAUAAUUCUCAAAAAUCUAAAGGAGAAGAAAAUCCAGUUGAUACAUCAACUGAAAUGGAAAAAGAACAACAAGAGGAAACUAACAAACAACAGAAUGAAGAAGAACAUCAAGAAUAA